AUCCCGGACCCGGGCCAAUGGUGGGUGCCGUGGGGGUGCAUCCAUCUAUAUAUUGUAUCUAUAUGUGCGUAUAAACUUGAGGAGCAAAAGCUGCUGUUUCUUCUACAGUCUUUCGAUUUUCCUUUCGCUUUAUAAAACUCUGUAAAAUAAUUUAUAUACGCAUACGUUGAGAGAAAGGGUGGGGGAUAUACAGAUGUCGCAUAAUGGGAAAUUGAUGCCGAAUCUAGAUGAGAAGAGUACGAAGGUGCUGAACUUGACGGUGCUGCAGCGAAUCGAUCCGUUUGUUGAAGAAAUUCUAAUAACCGCUGCCCAUGUCACCUUCUACGAAUUCAACGUUGAUACAAGCCAAUGGAGUCGAAAGGAUGUGGAAGGUUCUCUCUUUGUGGUGAAAAGGAAUACUCAACCCCGGUUCCAGUUUAUAGUAAUGAAUCGCCGAAAUACAGAUAAUUUGGUGGAGAAUCUCUUGGCCGAUUUUGAGUAUGAAGUGCAGGUUCCAUAUUUAUUGUAUCGUAAUGCUGCCCAAGAGGUAAAUGGAAUAUGGUUCUACAAUGCACGUGAAUGUGAAGAAGUUGCGAAUCUCUUUAGUAGGAUACUCAAUGCUUAUUCCAAGGUGCCUACAAAGAUAAAAGUAUCUUCUAGGGAAAGUGAGUUCGAAGAACUAGAAGCAGUUCCAUCAAUGGCUGUAAUGGAUGGUCCUCUAGAGCCAUCAUCCUUAACUACCACUAACAUGACAGAUGCUCGUGACGAUCCUUCCUUUGUGAACUUCUUCAGUUUGCAGACGGCUAUGAACAUUGGGAGUACUCCAAAUGCAUUAAUUUCUGGGCAGUCUUUUCACUCAUCUGCAACAGUUGGUACUUCUUCUCGUCCGCCUAAUAUAUUGUCAUCCACUUUAACAACUGUCCAGACUCCAUCUCUUCUCUCAACAUCUACCCCUAUAAUGCCUAUUCUGGACACACCUGAACCCAACAAUGCGUCUAAGCAUUCUACUGAUCUGGUAAAGCCAUCGUCAUUUUUUGGCCCACCUCUCUCCUCCGGACCACAGAUUAUCCCCCCCGUCUCUUCGCCUGUACCAACUGCACCUCCACUUAGUACUCCAGGAAGUCUGCAACGACCUUAUGGUGCUCCUCUACUCCAGCCGUUUCCACCACCGAAUCCCCCACCAUCACUCACUCCAACUUCUUCUGUUCCUACACCAAAUUAUGGAACUGUUAUAAGCAGAGAAAAAGUUCGUGAGGCACUUCAGAUG